AUGCCAACGACUUCUCAAAAUGCAAAAAUUAAAUGUUCGUCUCCGUCUCCUUAGUCCAUAGAAGUAUGGUUGAAGACUGGACGUCUUCACAGCGAGAUCCUGGCUGAACAGAAACUCAGCGAAGGUCAACUUCGGAAACCGGACUCCACCAUCAUAUUCUGGUUGAAAUGCGAACAGAGUGUCCACGAUCAGCGACUCAACUCUAGAGUGGACUCCAUGAUAGAAGAAGGCCUGAUACAGGAGCUCCUGGACUUCCACGAUAAGCACAACAAGCAAAGGAUAAAGGAUGGAAAGCCACCGGACUACACCAAAGGUGUCUUCCAAACUCUUGGCUUUAAAGAAUUUCACGAGUAUUUAAUGCUGUCUGAUGAAGAAAGAAAUACUGAUGCAGGGAAAAAAUUGCUCGAACAAAGCAUAGAAAACAUGAAAAUGGGCACCAGGAGGUACGCCCGCCGGCAAAACAAGAUGAUUAGAGGAAGAUUCUUGGAACAUCCUACAAGAGAGGUACCGCCCAUUUACGAAUUGGAUACUACAGAUAUUUCGAAAUGGGAUGAAGAAGUUAAAAACAAAGCUAUUCAUAUUAUAGAAAGUUAUCUUAAUGAAAAACCAUGUGAAUUUACCCCAGUAAAAUCAGUCAUAGAUGAUGUAAAAAAAGGAAUGGAUGGUAAUUCACACAACUAUUGUGAAGUGUGUAAAAGAAUAUUCAUUGGGGAUAAUGUAUAUGCCAUUCAUUUAGAAUCUUUUAGACAUAAGAAAGUUCUGAAGAAAAUGAAACGUUUAGAAGAACAAAGGAACAGGACAGAAGCAGAAACAAAAAUCUCAAAUGUUUAA